AGUUAAACUGUCACAAUGGAAAUCUUGUGUAGCAAUAAGGUCACAUAGAAAUAAGCCUUCUUAAUUCAGUAAUCCAAAUCAGGGUUGGCUUGGUGUGUGAAAAUUUGCAGAGUUCUUCAUGAUGGCAAAGAGAGAUUUAAAAAUAAAGCUGUGUGGGAUCAGCAGAGCUUUCCCUUGGACUAGACAGUCACUACUGCAUUUUUCAGUCUGAAAAGAAUCACAGAAACUGGUUCCUGGAAGUAAAAGAGGAGAUUAGCAGCUGUAUCACUGGAGGUGGCCAGAAAUCCCCAGAUAUGUUCCAUUGCCAUGCACAUCCUUACAGACAGACCCUGCAUCCCGGGGCUCUGGUGUAUUCCAGCAUCUCCCAGUGCCCCCCAGAACACAGCUCUCCACAGCCACCAAAACCAUGCUUGUUCCCUGUGAUUUUCCCCUACAGAGCACCAGAGGAGGGCAAGGCUCUCCCCAAAAUAAAACCCUGCUGCCGGAACCACGCGUGGGUGUGUUAUUCCCAGGACACAGGUGAUGCAGCCAGGGGUUGCUCCCUUUGGGAAGGAGCACGCUGGUGAGGCAGCAGCUUGGUCUUGCUCCAGUGGGUUGUCCAGCCAGUGAUUCCCGUUUCCCCUCAGGCUGCCUCUCAUUAGCAUGGAUCGGGGGGAGGGCAUAAAAGACUCCAGCUCAUUUUGAGUCUGGAAAAACUUUACUUCAAAAUGACAGCCCGAGUGUUCUGGCUCCUCUGCUUUGUCAUUAGAUCAUCCUCUGGAUCCGUGCUGUACGCUGAGAAGCCCGGGCAGGCUCUCAGCAAAGAUGUUUUUGGUGCAGCUCGGGGCAAGGCGGCAGCGCGGGGCCCGGCCAUGGCGCCCGCGCCCCCUCAGCAGCCGCGGCCCCCGGGGCUGCCGGCCCUCGCCUCCGACACGAAGAAACGCGCGGAGCCCUCCCUGGAAAACAGCACGGGGCAAAGGAAGCACCUCGGGCAGCUGCGGGCCGCGGGCAGCCCGGCCCCGGGGGCUCCUCCCGGCCCGCCGGACCCGGGCCGGGCCAACAGGCCGCAGACGGGCCGGGGGCGGGCCGGGGCCGCCAACAGCGCGGGGAGCCUGCGGGCCCGGCCGGGGACCGUGCCCCUGCUGCGCACCCAGCCGAGCCCCGACCCGGGGGAGUCCAACCGAGCAGGGAAGGGGAUGCCCUCCGGAGAGCCCCAGCCCUCCAGCGGCAUCCCCGAACCCUCGUGGGUCACCAACCGCGGGGCGCCCGGGUACCGGGCCGCGCUGGGGGAAGACGGUGACAGGCAGAAGGUGUGCCCGAGCGAGUGCAGGAAGGAGCGCGAUGAAGGGGAGGCUCUCUGUGCCAGCGAGUUCGCAGUGAAUGGAAUUGUCUAUAACCUGGAGAAGCUGGGGGAUGGGGUGCAGUGGAUCACCCUCCUGGUGGACAGUGCUGGGCUGUACAAGAUGAGCCGCCUGUACGUCACUCCUGACGCCGCCUUCUUCCGAGCUCACAUCCUGGUUGUGGAUACUUGGAACUGCACUAAACCAUGCCCAGACUUCAAACUUGCAAAUCACCAUUUCCGUGCCAGCGGAGCUCAGGGUGCCCCGUGUCCAGGACGUUUCCACAGGCACAACUUCCCGUCUGUUCCCAGCGCUGCUGACCGCCGCUGUGGGCUUGGUGUGUGUCGUUGCAGGCAGCAGGUACAUCGUGAUGGGGCACAUCCACCACAAGCGCCGCCGGGUGCCCGCCCAGCUGCUGCCGGCGCUGCGCGGGCGGCUGCGCCCGGGGGACGGCUGGCUGGGCAGCGGCAGCGGCUACGCCAGGAGAUUCACCAGGAAAAGCGAUCUCAGGGUGAGGGCGGCGCGCUCCAAGUGUGCCUAAGGCUCCGGGGCUCCGUCCGGGACGGGAGCAGCGGGACGCGCCCUCGGAGCGCCCCUGGCAUGGCAGCGCUCCCGCCUGGAGCCGCGGCCUCUGUGCUGCAGCCAGCGCUGGGUGCCUCCAGCAGGCACCCCCGGCAGCCCCAGCGCAGAAGUCACUCCAGGGAAUGUUAACCGGCCGUGAAUUUGCUCCAGCUGCUUUCAGAGCCACAGGUUGUUGUUGCUUCCCCUGCUGCAGUGUGCCCUGAAUAAUCUGUAGUGACUGUAAUGCAAAAUUCUGGCAGUUUUUUCAGCAGUACACAACUGCACUUUGAACCCUUCACCUUGAACACAUUAGAUGAUGCCACAACUUUAUCUACACAGGAUGUUCACUGUGCUUUCACAGUUCUGCUUAAAGCAUUUGAUUUCAGAGAAACCAAUACCACUGAGUACCGUUUGUAUUAUUUUUGUCUCGUCAACCAUGUCCAUGGUAUUUCUGAAAAUCACACCAUUCUUCCAGCAGAGCUGGAUGUUCACACAAAGCAUACAGAAUAGAAUGUAAUAAUUUGAGUGUAUGAGCACUGACUGAAAGCAAAUCAAGAACUGCAAAACACAAAUGCCUGGUUGCAUUUACCAGUGACGGCGCAGGGAAUGCAAAAUGAGCACGGGCUGCACAAACUGGGUGUGCCAGGGCACCUUGUCCCAGAGCUUGCUGAAUGCCAUUCCCCAGCAGAAAUAUUGCCAAGCUUGUACUUGCACAAGAGCAAAGUUACUUUUUAAAUCAAAAAGACAAUAUUUUAUUACCUUUGGUGUGGUGAAAUUGAGAUGUUUGUUGUUCCCAGUCAGUAUUCACAAAUAAUAAGUCUGUAGAAGAAACUAAGAAAAUGCUCAUGAAGUUCUUCUUUCAUUGUCUCCUGGGUUCUGGAAGACCCAAAAAACUUCUGUAAUGAUGUUGCACAAAGGCAUCUCCUUGUGUGACAAGCUGGCUGAGGAUUUGAUACAUAUUUAUGUUAAGAAAUGUAAAAAAUGCAGUACAGCUUAAAACCCCACAUACUCAGCGAUAUGAUGUGACCUGCCACAGGAAGCAGUGGCUUCUAUAGAAGCAUUUUCUGUUUUGAAACAAGGUAGUUCUGACACACUGUACUGGUCACACACCUCUGCAGCUUCAUUUGGUGCCACUGGAAAGCCACGGAGCAGGGGAUGGGAUGGGCUACACUGCAUCAAGUGUUUCCUGACACGGAGCCAAAUACCAAGAGCAAACAUCCCCUGUUUGGGACCCACAAGGCUCUUACUG